GGCACAGUUCACCUGCUGCCACACACUGCUUGUACUUUUACAGGGCGGAGACUGUGUGCGGUGGAACAGGUCCAACCAGUAAGGUGCCGCUCCGGGAUUCCAGGUAUGACCAGUGCCGUGCUGGGGAAGAUGGUGAGAGUUGGCUUGUGAUUGGAGCGCACAUAUGAAUCAGCAGAGGGCACGGUAGCUGCUACAUGCCAGCUUCAUGGUGGCACUGCUAAAGGACAGCAGAACAGCUAUACUUGGGUCCUGCUGAAGUUAUUAGGCAAUGGCUACUGGGGACAAAGUUGCAAUCUUGUCUGAGGAUGAGGAGGAACAGAAGAGGAAAUAUGUCCUUUCAGAUCCUUUCAAUGGUGUCAGCCCGGAGCAAAACGAGUCCGGACCUAGGGACAACUCUAUGACUACUGAUACCAUUUCAACUGCAGAUCAAGACAUGGACUGGUUGGAAAGGCACUGCGUUAAAAUUAACAAUGACCUCCUUGUUUCAAAAGUCUUCUAUUUCUUUUUUUACUCUGCAUAUGGAUCUCUCUAUCCCCUACUACCGGUGUACUACAAGCAGUUAGGAAUGUCUCCCACUCAGGGUGGUCUUCUAGUCGGCAUUAGAUAUUUUAUUGAAUUUUGCAGUGCCCCAUUCUGGGGUAUCAUAGCUGACCGGUUCAGAAAAGGAAAGAUAGUCUUGCUCUUCUCAGUACUUUGCUGGGUGUUGUUCAAUUUGGGAAUAGGGUUUGUAAAACCAGCAGCUUUAAUAUGUGUGUCUAACAAUCCUUUACCAAUCGGACCCACUAACUCCAGCCCAGUACACACAACCGUUCUGCCACUUACAUCCACCUCAACUCUAACUACAAAAGCAAGCUCCAGCACAACAAAAACCAAACGAAAGAGAGACUUGUAUGAAGAUCAGUUUAAACUGGAGGCAAGAAAAGAGUUGGGUGAAAGGUUUUAUGAAGCAACUUCCAUCACAAUGCAUCGGUUUAUUAGAGCAGCUGGAAAUGACAGUGACGACCCUUUGACAAGUAAUGGAAGCUUUAGUGCUCUUACUACAACAACUAUAGCUCCUACCACCACCAAGAGUGCCACUAGUUUUUUAGAGUAUAACCAAGAAGACGUAGAAACGAUAUUUCUGUUGAUUUUGCUGGUGGUUAUCAUUGGAGAAUUCUUUAGUGCCCCAGCUGUCACUAUUGUAGAUACUGUGACACUUCAGUAUUUAGGUAAACACCGGGACCGUUAUGGACUGCAAAGAAUGUGGGGAUCCCUUGGUUGGGGCUUGGCAAUGUUAUCGGUGGGCAUUGGAAUAGAUCACACCCACAUAACUGUGAUCAUUCAGGGCGAUGGUUGUACAGCUCCCGAUUAUAAAAACUACCGUAUUGCUUUCAUUGUUUUUGGUGUCUUGAUGUCAGUUGCACUUAUUGUCUCUACACAAUUUCACUUUCAUUAUCAUCAUGUAAAAACAAAUGAGGAGCGAAGGGAGGAUCUAGAAAUCUCUCCCGUGGGGUCAAGUUCUCAACCAGAAUCUCCAGGACAAAAUCAAAAUGAAAGCAGGGGUGUGGAGGAACCAGUUCAACAUUUCAGAUAUUGGGAUCUGCUCAAGAUUUUCUGCACAGUGCAGUAUGGUUCUGUACUCUUUGUAGCGUGGUUCAUGGGAUUUGGUUACGGAUAUGUCUUUACCUUUUUGUUCUGGCACCUGCAAGAUCUUAAUGGGACUACAACUUUAUUUGGCGUCUGCUCUGUGCUAAGUCAUAUAUCUGAACUUACUGCUUAUUUCUUCAGCCACAAACUAAUUGAACUGGUUGGUCACAUAAGGGUGCUGUACAUUGGCCUUGCUUGCAAUACCGCCCGUUAUCUCUAUAUUAGCUACAUGGAAAAUGCCUGGACAGUGCUCCCUAUGGAAGUAUUACAGGGUGUGACCCAUGCAGCCAUAUGGGCUGCCUGCAUUUCAUAUCUCAGUGCUGCAGUUCCCCCGGCACUGCGGACGUCUGCUCAGGGAAUUCUGCAGGGCCUCCAUCUUGGACUUGGUAGAGGUUGUGGUGCCAUGAUUGGUGGUGUCUUGGUGAAUUUUUUUGGUGCGGCAGAAACAUUCAGAGGGAUCGGGAUGGCAUCUCUAGUAAUUCUUCUGCUCUUUGCUUUGAUCCAGUGGGUUGGACUGCCUCAAAAGAAAGAAGAUGCAUCAAUGCUGGCAGAAAGAAUCCCUGUUCCCUCCAGCCCAGUUCCCAUAGCAACUAUCGACCUGAUGCCACAGCACUCAGAGAACAUUAUGCCUACUAUUCAGGUCAAACUGCCACCUAAGAAGACAAAACAUCAGGAAGAGCAGGAAGAUGUUAACAGACCAGCCUGGGGAAUAAGUUCCUCGCCAUGGGUCACUCUUGCUUAUGCCUUUUAUCAGAUAAAGGAAAUGGUGUCUCUUUCCAAAACCAACCGGGUCUCGGAAAACCAGCCACUCCAGGAAAAUGAAAAUGGUUCAUUAAGAUCACCACAGUCAGUGGUGGGUGAAGCUCCUAGUGCUGAAUCAACUGCCGAUACCACUGAUAGCCAGAAGCAUAGUGGACCAGGAAAUACUGGCCAUGUCCAGUCAGCUGACAAUGGCUUCGUCGAGGACAAUUCUUCAGGAGACAGCCCAUCCACUCCUCACAUAGAUGUGGGACAUUAAUAUGGUUACUCUGUUCAUAUUGAGAAGUAUGUUGGUUAUACACUGAAAACAUCAGCAAAGGACAAAAAAAAACCUCACACAAAUAUUUAAUAGAAUAAAUAGCAAGAAAAAGCAUAAACGGUAUAUCUAGAUGUUGGCAUCUACAAAGGUGGUGCACUUCCCAUGGUCCUAGCACUGUGAACCACAUUUUAUUUAUAUAUGUAUUUAUAAUCUGCAGAAUGCAUUGGAUAUUAAAGUUUACAGAUUGAAACAGCCAGAAUUUGCUUUCUAAAUUAAAUAUAAAAAUGCUAGGUAUAUAUAUCUAUAUACAUCUCAGUACAGGCACUGUCGGCACUAUUACACUUUGGAUACUUGGCUGGUUUUGAUAUUUGUCAACUAGUUACUACAAGCGUUCAAGUUUACAUAAGA